CAGGUCUUCUAGUCCCAUAACCUGAUUGGUUCUCGAAGAGUAAACCCUACAUUCCAUAAAGUUUCGCUUUUGCAACUUGUCUGACAUGUGAAUGAAUUAAUAGCUUUUCUCACAAAUACCACUGAGGUGCUUAUAAGCGCAUUUUACGCACUGGAAAUUCACUGUACCCGGAAGAUACCCAACCCAGCGCGCUUGGGGAGUGAGUGUAUUCUACGCAGUACAGGAUUAACUGAAAAUGAUUUGGAUGCACGCUGUCAUUGUGUUCCUGUGUCUUUGUCCAAUCCACGCUGCAUUUGGGCAGGUGAGUGUUUCCUGCGCUUGUCAGUAUCAUGGGGGCACCUUGGGCACUAUUAAGAGACAACAUAUGGUGUUUCUUGGAUUUAUUUUGCACAGCUGGUUGGUCCAAUCAAAAAUGUAGCUGAUUUAAAAGCACAUAUCACACUACAUAUCACAGAGUAAAACGUAAAAUCUAAGUAAAUUACCGUAUUUGAUAAUGGGUUACCAUUAUAAUCUAUGAGUGUUACGAUUUAAUGUAGGCUAUUGUGGUUUCUGACAUGCUUUAGGUAGUCCAUUAACGUAAUACACAUUUCCAGACCAAUUCAUUAUCACAUAUAGCCUCAGGACAUAGUUAAAAUUCUUGCCAUUAUCUGUAAUGACCUGAAAAGACAGUGGGUGAAUAUCACACAAGAUUUACAACUGAGAAAAUAGACCUGAGAGAAAGGUUGUCUGAAUGCCUUUUUCAUGGACAGGCUUUAAUUCAACAUCUAACACUGAGGGAAGCAGCAUUGAUGUCUGGGUGUUGUUGAAGGUCACAAUGCAUUAAGCUGAAGUGACAAUCUCUUGUCAAAGUCAGGAGCCUGCAAGUCCAGCUAUAAGGUCAUUAUCACUGCAUCAUGACAUGGACAGAUACCCAUUGAUAGCACUGGUGUUUGGUCGACCUCAAUUCCCAGGCAAGCUGCACAAACAAUGACUAAGGCCCCUUGCAUGCAUGUCCAGACACCGUGAGGCCCAUCACUAUAAAUAGACCCAACACCUCUGACGUGUUUCAGCACAAAACUGCUAAACCUCUACCUUGUCCAAGGGCAAGGGUCUAUAUUACUGCAGGCUGGUGUGUGUGUGUGCAUGCUAUGCUGUACUCUUUCUGUUCUUCAGUUAGAAAUAAAUGUGGAAUGUCAAAUUGGGACUCAAUUUUGUUUUUGUCCACAUUUAGUUGAGAUCAUGAUGUACUGUAUGGUAAUGAGCUGUGUGAAAGAGGAGUCUGUCCAGGUCUCAUUAGUGAUCCUUGGCUUGUUCUUGUCAUGGCACAACUCACACUGCAGAACUGAAGCCAUGCAGUGAUUAUACACUGCUAAAAAAAAUUAAGGGAACACUAAAAUAACACAUCCUAGAUCUGAAUGAAUGAAAUAAUCUUAUUAAAUACUUUUCUUUUACAUAGUUGAAUGUGCUGACAACAAAAUCACACAAAAAUAAUCAAUGGAAAUCAAAUGUAUCAACCCAUGGAGGUCUGGAUUUAGAGUCACCCUCAAAAUUAAAGUGGAAAACCACACUACAGGCUGAUCCAACUUUGAUAUAAUGUCCUUAAAACAAGUCAAAAUGAGGCUCAGUUGUGUGUGUGGCCUCCACGUGCCUGUAUGACCUCCCUACAAUGCCUGGGCAUGCUCCUGAUGAGGUGGCGGAUGGUCUCCUGAGGGAUCUCCUCCCAGACCUGGACUAAAGCAUCCGCCAACUCCUGGACAGUCUGUGGUGCAACGUGGCGUUGGUGGAUGGAGCGAGACAUGAUGUCCCAGAUGUGCUCAAUUGGAUUCAGGUCUGGGGAACGGGCGGGCCAGUCCAUAGCAUCAAUGCCUUCCUCUUGCAGGAACUGCUGACACACUCCAGCCACAUGAGGUCUAGCAUUGUCUUGCAUUAGGAGGAACCCAGGGCCAACCGCACCAGCAUAUGGUCUCACAAGGGGUCUGAGGAUCUCAUCUCGGUACCUAAUGGCAGUCAGGCUACCUCUGGCAAGCACAUGGAGGGCUGUGCGGCCCCCCAAAGAAAUGCCACCCCACACCAUGACUGACCCACCGCCAAACCGGUCAUGCUGGAGGAUGUUGCAGGCAGCAGAACGUUCUCCACGGCGUCUCCAGACUCUGUCACGUCUGUCACAUGUGCUCAGUGUGAACCUGCUUUCAUCUGUGAAGAGCACAGGGCGCCAGUGGCGAAUUUGCCAAUCUUGGUGUUCUCUGGCAAAUGCCAAACGUCCUGCACGGUGUUGGGCUGUAAGCACAACCCCCACCUCUGGACGUCGGGCCCUCAUACCACCCUCAUGGAGUCUGUUUCUGACCGUUUGAGCAGACACAUGCACAUUUGUGGCCUGCUGGAGGUCAUUUUGCAGGGCUCUGGCAGUGCUCCUCCUGCUCCUCCUUGCACAAAGGCGGAGGUAGCAGUCCUGCUGCUGGGUUGUUGCCCUCCUACGGCCUCCUCCACGUCUCCUGAUGUACUGGCCUGUCUCCUGGUAGUGCCUCCAUGCUCUGGACACUACGCUGACAGACACAGCAAACCUUCUUGCCACAGCUCGCAUUGAUGUGCCAUCCUGGAUGAGCUGCACUACCUGAGCCACUUGUGUGGGUUGUAGACUCCGUCUCAUGCUACCACUAGAGUGAAAGCACCGCCAGCAUUCAAAAGUGACCAAAACAUCAGCCAGGAAGCAUAGGAACAGAGAAGUGGUCUGUGGUCACCACCUGCAAAACCAGUCCUUUAUUGGGGGUGUCUUGCUAAUUGCCUAUAAUUUCCACCUGUUGUCUAUUCCAUUUGCACAACAGCAUGUGAAAUCAGUGUUGCUUCCUAAGUGGACAGUUUGAUUUAACAGAAGUGUGAUUGACUUGGAGUUACAUUGUGUUGUUUAAGUGUUCCCUUUAUUUUUUUGAGCAGUGUAUAAUUGAACAAGGUCAGCCAGAGUAUUAUAAGCUACAGAACACUUUUCCUUUUAAUGCAAAACCUUUCAGCAUCACAUAAUUCACUUAGAACAAUCUAAAAUCCUUGGAUUAGAUCACCAUGCUACUUUGGCCUUCAUUGCACUGUACACCUCUCAAAUUCAAAGAGCAGCUCAAAACUUACUGAAGGAGACUAUAGGUAUGUUACCUAGGCACACCAAGAUAAUGUCACAGACACAUGAAAUGCAAACACAUGAAAUGUUUUGCAGUGGAGGCAGAAAGAGGACAUUAUCGCUGGGGCACACAAACAGCAGCCUCUCCCUCCCUCCCUCCCUCCCUCCGUCCUGACUGAUGUCUCUCCAGCAGCCCAGCUCCCUGCUCCAGUCUCAAUCAGCCAGGUGUUUUCACAGGAUGACCAAAUAUUGACUUUUCUUACAUAACUUCUGCCGGAUGAAAACAUUAAUUGGCUUUCUGAAAACAUUCAUGAGAGGACAGAGAAAAGGAGGGAGAGAGUUGAAAGAGAGAGUGAGAGUUUAGGGAAAAUAUACUACUACUACUCCCUGAUUUUCCCAGCCAAUAGGAGGAGAGGCUGUGCCUCAUACACAGGGGAUGUUUACCCUCUGGGUGUUUAUGCCACACCAUCUGACCCCAAACAGCCUCUCCACCCUUUAUCAAAACCUACAGUACACCCACCCCUGCAUCAAACGAUGAAUGCUAUGGGCAAGCACCUCCAGGGUGAUCCUUCCACUGACUGUCAGAACUUACACACACUUCUGGGCUAAAGAGAUAGAACAGCAGAGACAGGCUGGGAUAUGAGAGAAGACAGACUGAGAGGGGCUUUAGUAUGAUGGGAAUCUGUCGUGAGAAUGAGUCCAGAUAGGAUUGGAGCCACUCUUUCUCUCGUGGAGUGUGUCUUUAGUGUUUCACAGCAAACCCCCUAGACCAGGGCUGCAUAACCCUCUUCCUGGAGAUCUACUGUCCUGUAGGUUUUCAGUCCAACCCUAAUGUAGCAUAUCUGAUUCAGGUAGUUAAGGUCUUGUUGAGCAGCUAAUAAGUAGAAUCAGGUGUGUUAAAUUAGGGACUGAAAACCCACAGGACGGUAGAUCUCCAGGAAGAGGGUUGGGCAGCCCUGCCUUAGACCGUACAGUAGGUCUAUAGGUCUUCUCUCUGGCACCAUCAAGUAACACCACCAGGGGCAUAAGCACGCGACCUCCAAAACAUAAAACUACUACCACUAGAGAAUAACUAACUUUGCACAAAGGCAAAAGCCUACCAACACUACAACCACCUCUGACUUUCUGUUCCCCAGCUGGUGGUAGGGGUUGUUGAGAUGCCAAUGCGUGCUCAGAACUCUUAGUUCACAUGUAGGUCAGACAACCAGGGGGAGGAUGUCGCCGCUCAAUUAAUUCCUUCACCAUUCACCACAUCGACUAGGCUGACUACUGUGGACAGUGAGAUUAAAAACAUGACCCUCUGAGUGCUGCUGUAGUGGUGAAGCAGGUAUGUCUACUCUGAUGUCUCUCCUCUGGUCUCCCCAUAAACCCAGACGGGUGACCAUAUGCCUUUUUAGGAACUUUUAAGAACUGUACACUACAUUCUUUACCUUUCAGUGCUAUCUUAGGAAAACCCCUUAAAUACUUUCUAAAUGCAGUAACAAAUCACUUUAUGUGGCUCACCAGAUACUAGUUUAUCAUGAUGAAGGUCAUUCAUAACUCAAGCCAAUGUACAGUAGCUGCUGUACUUCCGUCCUGUUAUUCCAACAUUAACUUUUUGGGAAGGUAAUUUCUCUGUUCUGUCCAGCGAUUGAGUAGCGAGGACAUUUGCCCAGUGUCUGCAGUGAAUGUGGUCUGUAUAACUGAGUGAUAUCAAAUUCUAGGAAGCUAAUGUAAGAGUUAGUUCUGCCUCCAUCCUUUGACCAAGUCACCUAUGUCUCACGGUUCCCUGACUUGAGUUUAAAUGAGUCAGUCAUCUAUCAACUGUAACUGCAUUUCAUUAGGCAAUGAAUGUGCUCUGUAUAGCCUAUGUCAGUAUUGGAAAAAUAAACUUGCAUGCUUCUCAAUGUUUUAAUGGAUCUUACAAACCCAUGUUUGUAACCUGCCCCUUUGCUAAAAUGCAAUUAAGAUCUUUCUGUAUUACGGCUUUUUAAAAUACAGUAACUCUGCAAAUGAAUUGCCUUUUGGGGAUGACUCUCUUGUCAAGUUGUCCCUGUAUAACACUUUUUAACUGUUCCACUGCCCCUGUCCCCUGUCCCUGUAGGACUGUCCCAGCAGGCAGGAGAUGCAGAGCUCCCUAAAGCAGGUCCAGAAGCUGCUGUCGACCCAUGAAGCUGCAUAUCUUCAGAGCCUCCGCACCCUGAGGAAGAAACUCAACUUGCUACAGAACACAGCCACCAAACAGACUGGCAAGGCAAACAAUGGUAAGUCUGCACACAGCCCAAACAUCAGUCAAAGAAGCAACGUGUAGCCUAACAUUUUAGCCAAAGGCUUAAAUUCGAUUUUUAAUGAUACUGAAACACCUAAAAUGGCUAUUAGUAGGCCUGCUGCUCUUUAUUUUAGAAUCCAAAAAACAUCAGUUGCAAGGAUGUGAAGAAGUUUUGUAUUACUAAUGUUUUUGCUAUUGUUGUCAACCUCGUGAAUGAGAACCAAUCGUGAUUCAGUAAGUUGUGUAGGCCUACACACAGCAACAGCCGGACCGACUAGUCGCGGUAAAAAUGCUAAUUAGCUGUAAAAAUGCUGUUAACAGCGUCACGCUGCGUUCUAAAAAUGUUUACUCUCGUGGAUUAUUAUUCCUUUGCUACUACUGGUAUGUAAUUUGACUUUUGGUGGAUAACAGUUACAUUUAGCUCCUAUUUAACUAUGGCUGGAGAGUUAAGUCUUGGCUUAUGUCGCCCUAUCAACCAUCCCCCUCGCUUUACAGGUACCUGUCUAAAGCUGGACACGCCUGCCAAUGGCAGGAAGUUGGGAAAAGCGCAGACCCCAGGUCACGAGGUUCACUUCCUGUGUGAUGCGGGUUAUGAGUUGGUGGGAGCAGAGAGCAGGGUGUGUCAGGAGAGCCUCACCUGGAGCGGCCAGCAGCCCACCUGCCGCAGUGAGUGACCCUACCAUCUGCUACAGAUUACCCUACCCCUAAUCCAAACCUUAACCAUUAGGGAGAUUAACACAUAUCUGAUGUGAAAUCACUGUCUUUUGUCAGCUACCAUCUACUUCUUCUCUUUCUCUGGCUCCUGUCUGGUGUCUCUUCCUCCCCCACCAUUUCUCUUCUCCUUCCCUCUUCUAUGCCCCGUCACUCAUCUCUUUAUCUGCUCUACCCAUCUCUCUCAUGUCCUUGUCACCAUCGUCUUUGUGCCCCCCUCUCUUUUCUUUAUCUCUCUUUCCCUCGUUUUAAACUUCAUGCACAUUACUAACAUUUAUCUAGAUAAAAUGGCUUGCAUCCAUAUACGUUUCAUUAUCAAAUUUCCUUUUUAUGUAUUUUCGUGGCCAUCCAGGAGGGGUUAUUGAAUCCAGUGACUGUGACACAUAGUGAUAGCAGCCCUCUAUGUCUUGACAGCUCGUUAACAUUUAGAUAACGCUUCAAAGAUGUUUUGUGAGACUAAAAGUCAGGCCAUCCCUUUCGCUCUGGUUAGGUCGAAUACUCUCACACACACACACACACACACACACACACACACACACACACACACACACACACACACACACACACACACACACACACACACACACACACACACACACACACACACACACACACACACACACACACACACACACACACACACACACACACACAGAGAGAGAGAGAGAAAGAAGGAGCUUUUCUCUUUUGGUUCAUGCAUCAGAGCUAUAAGGUUCCACAUGUCAGUGAGUUAGCUAGCCAACAUUUACAUCAGGGCUAAUAUGACUUCAUUCUCCUCACCUGACUAAUCCCUUACUCCUCCUGUCUUUCCUCAGACAUAAAUGAGUGUGCCUCGUCUCCCUGUCUGAAUGGGGGGAUGUGUGUGGAUGAGGUGAACCAGUUCUCCUGCACGUGUACCAAAGGCUGGGCCGGAGCCACCUGCCAGAGCCCUAUGCCAACAUGUAGGUAGAGAUGCUUAAGCAAUAAGGCCCAAGGGGGUGUGGUAUAUUGGCCAAUAUACCACGGCUAAGGGCUGUUCUUACGCACGACGCGAAGUGGAGUGCUUGGAUAUUGGCCAUAUACAACAAACCCCUUGAGGUGCCUUAUUGCUAUUAUAAACUGGUUACCUACAUAAAUAGAACAGUAAACAAGUGUUUUUACAUCAUACUGUCUGAUAUACACAUGGCUGAAAAGCUGUUUCAGCCAAUCAGCAUCCAGGACCCAAACUAUGCGGUUUAUAAUACCCACUAGGUCAUGACCUCUGGGUGUAUACAGCACGCUAUGUUCUGAAGUGUGUGUUGCACAAUGAGUACAAGGUAGGGUAUGACUUGAAUAUAAAUACAAGCAAUAGCGCAGAACCAUGACUUACAGUCUCUCUCUAUGCUAUGGCUAACUACUGUAGUAACAACACACAAGGGCCAGACACCGAGAUAGACCCAGGUCCACUCCCUCUCGCUGGUUCUGGCCGGCUGGGCUAUCAUACACACUCAGGGCUCCAGGCAGAGCCAGUGAAUCAAUACGGCCCAGUUAGGUUUUGUUUUUCUCUGUCUGUUUGUUUUAAUUUCUCCCCUACAGUACACUACUGUAGGUGAGAGCUACACACAGACUAAUGGGGAUUUAGAUGGACUUUGACAAUGACGAACACUGCUGGCACUGUGUGGGAGAUUUCUAUAAGUCCAUCAUCCCACGCACACACAGCCCACUAAUAGAGGGCUGCAUGGUGCAAUGGAUGUGAACACUGAGCCCAAUAAAUGUUAUAUAGCUGUGGUAUAUGGGGAAGCAUUGGCCAACACUGCUGGGAAACUACAGUGUUGCAUAAAGUGUUGCAUGAAAGACCCAUGGGGCGGCGCACAAUUGGCCCAGCGUCAUCCAGGGUAGGGGAGGGAAUGGCCGGCGGGGAUGUAGCUCAGUUGGUAGAGCAUGGUGUUUGCAACGCCAGGGUUGUGGUUUCGACCCCCCCCCAAAAAUAAUGUAUGCACUCACUAACUGUAAGUCGCUCUGGAUAAGAGCGUCUGCUAAAUGACGUAAAUGUAAAUGUAAGGUUUCAUUUAAAAAAGUUGAAUGUAGCCUAACUUAAGUUGCAAGUCAGUCCAAUCCAGUGUUGUAGUACUCGAGUCCGGUGUCGAGACUACAUUUUGAGUGUCUCGGUCUUGUUUCGUGUCGGAUACAUUUAUACACGGUCUUGCGUAUGUAUGGGUGGGCAUAGAUGGACACAGGCCCACCCACUGGGGAGCCAGGCCCACCCAAUCAGAUUGAGCAAAACCAGAAAAAGAAUACAUUAUUAUUAUAAAAAUACUCCCCCACCCCCAAAAAUAUAUUUAUUUGUAUUUUUCCCAGACCUCCAAAAUGGUAUCCUGGUGUGGUUUAAGCAUUGUUGUGGACAUAGAACAUCACAUUUUUGUUGUUUUUCCAUUUAAAAAAAGGUGAUUUAGAGAGUUCAAAUGUGAAAAACAUAUAGGAAUACUAAUAAAAAACCAUAGAAAAACAUAUGAUUUUUCACACAGGGUGCCUUUCCUUUGCUGGGCAGGUCGUUUGGAAAAAUGUUUUUUAGCAAGAUUUGAGUAUGCCCACUUCUCCAGGCUCCACUACACCACUGCAUAGGGCUGAUGGAAAGACAGCUGUCACACACAGCAUGAUGUUAUAGGAUAAGCAGUCCAUUCACUCAGACAUAAUAAGCCAGUAGGUCCCAAUCAUAAGAAUACAAAAACACAACCAUUAGGUUAAGCAUUUCCUAAUCGAAAUGUACAACUAUUACUUCCCAUUGCAAAAAAACAUUUCACGUUUAGCACACAAAGUAGCCGGUGACCUAAAGUUUAAACGUAACAAUGUUUCACACAUAAGUUAUUUUCAAAGAGAUGGCUAACAACAGCAAGCGAGCUGCAUAAAAAAAACAGUUCCACUCACUAGAUUAAGAUCAUUUGAAGCUUAACUUGUUGUUGAAAGUUAUUCUUGAAAAGGGAGAAGCUAACAAAUUAGCAACAACAUCCUCUUCGAUAACACCUGCUACAGUCACUGCAAACUAGCCUACAACAAAAGAUAGCGAGCUACACCAUGGGAAAACUACUGCUUGCUAUUGCGCAGUGACUUGUUGGCCUUUGAGAAGGCAUAAGUUUCUAUUUGUUUUUUGUAAUAACGGUCCCACCCAUUACAAGUCACAAUGUGAUUGGUUGAUUCCACUGUCACUCCAAAAUGUUGUCCUAAUACAGUUGAACGGCAGAUGCCUUCUAUCUAGCUUCUGAUGGCCUAGCCAAUGGCUGACUUCCCUAGCUAGAUUUAUCUCCCCAGAGACCACUAAAGAAAAAUCCUGAGUGGAUCUUUUUUUCUCUUCAGCGUUAACCCUUUCCUUUCCAACAAAAACUGAAGAGAUUAAAUCAGAACAUCAUUGAAAAGAAUAAUGUAAUUAGAAUGAUCAUUGUUAUUAUAAUUAUUUUAUACAUCUUUAGCCAUUCUCUGAAGGUGUAGAAGGCCCUCAUUGUUCCCCACUGUGUUCGGGUUAGUAUUAAUUUGUAGAGUGGCUCUAUUUCCCUCAGCAUAAAUUUUUUCACCAUUCUGAAAUAAUCCAUAUUUUCUUCUGAAAUAUGAACACAGAAAUACUGGGCAUUUUGAACUCUUAUUAUGGUGGCGAUUUGACAAAAUUACAAUCAUGGUCUUGAAUUGGACUCGGUCUUGACUUGGUCUCGGACCCCUUGUCCCCCUCCCGGUCUCGGUCUUGACUCGUUCUUGCCCCCCCCCCCCCCCCCCCCCCCCCCCCCCCCCCUCCGGUCUUGGUCUCGAUUUGCUCCUGUCUUGGUCUUGAAUUGGUCUCGCUUUAGGUGGUCUCGAACACAACACUGGUCCAAACACUGUGGUUACCCUGUGAACAAAUAGUUAGUCUGUUACUCUUUGUUCACAUGGUAACCAUAGUGUUUUAUAAAGAAAUAAGCUGCACUGUACCAAUUUGAAGAUGGAGAUGUUUAGAUGGCCAUGCCCUCAGACUGCAGUCAGAAACCUCCAAAUCAAUGAGAAUCGUCCUUAGUUUUACUCUUCUCCUCAUUCCUCUCUUUCUUUUUCUCCAGUCUUUGUCACCAUGACGAACACCUCCUCUGCCACCUCCUCUGCGGCUGCUGCCCUCUCUCCCCCGGCUGUGACUGUUGGUCCGCUUGUUCGUCCGUCUCGCUGUACGCAGGUCCAGGGCACCACUCACUGCACCUGUGACCCCGGAUACACCAUCUCUGGGCGCGACAGCACCACCUGCACAGGUACACCGCAAACAGCUACCAUUACAUUUACAUUACAUUUACGUCAUUUAGCAGACACUCUUAUCCAGAGAAUUGGUGCAUUCACCUUAUGAUAGCCAGUGGGACAACCACUUUACAAAUAUUUGUAAAAUAAUUUUUUAAAAGUAUUUUAUUUAUUUAUAUUUUGUGGGGGGGGGGUGGUAGAAGGAUUACUUUUAUACUAUCCCAGGUAUUCCUUAAAGAGGUAGGGUUUCAAGUGUCUCCGGAAGGUGGUCAGUGACUCCGCUGUCCUGGCGUUGUGAGGGAGCUUGUUCCACCAUUGGGGUGCCAGAGCAGCGAACAGUUUUGACUGGGCUGAGCGGGAAAUGUGCUUCUGCAGAGGUAGGGGGACCAGCAGGCCAGAGGUGGAAGAACGCAAUGUCCUCGUUUGGGUGUAGGGACUGAUCAGAGCCUGAAGGUAAGUAGGUGCCGUUCCCCUCACAGCUCCGUAGGCAAGCACCAUGGUCUUGUAGCAGAUGUGAGCUUCAAUUGGAAGCCAGUGGAGUGUGCGGAGGAGCGGGGUGACGUGAGAGAACUUGGGAAGGUUGAACACCAGACGGGCUGCAGCGUUCUGGAUGAGUUGUAGGGGUUUAAUGGCACAGGCAGGGAGCCCAGCCAACAGCGAGUUGCAGUAAUCCAGACGGGAGAUGACAAGUGCCUGGAUUAGGACCUGUGCCGCAUCCUGUGUAAGGUAGGGUCGUACUCUGCGAAUGUUGUAGAGCAUGAACCUACAGGAUCGGGUCACCGCUUUGAUGUUAGCGGAGAAUGACAGGGUGUUGUCCAGGGUCACGCCAAGGUUCUUUGCACUCUGGGAGGGGGACACAACGGAGUUGUCAACCGUGAUGGUGAGAUCAUGGAGCGGGCAGUCCUUCUCCGGGAGGAAGAGCAGCUCCGUCUUGCCGAGGUUCAGCUUGAGGUGGUGAUCCGAAAUCCACACUGAUAUGUCUGCCAGACAUGCAGAGAUGCGAUUCGCCACCUGGUUAUCAGAAGGGGGAAAGGAGAAGAUUAAUUGUGUGUCGUCUGCGUAGCAAUGAUAGGAGAGACCAUGUGAGGAUACAGUGGGGGAAAAAAGUAUUUAGUCAGCCACCAAUUGUGCAAGUUCUCCCACUUAAAAAGAUGAGAGAGGCCUGUAAUUUUCAUCAUAGGUACACGUCAACUAUGACAGACAAAAUUAGAAGAAAAAAAAAUCUGGAAAAUCACAUUGUAGGAUUUUUAAUGAAUUUAUUUGCAAAUUAUGGUGGAAAAUAAGUAUUUGGUCAAUAACAAAAGUUUCUCAAUACUUUGUUAUAUACCCUUUGUUGGCAAUGACACAGGUCAAACGUUUUCUGUAAGUCUUCACAAGGUUUUCACACACUGUUGCUGGUAUUUUGGCCCAUUCCUCCAUGCAGAUCUCCUCUAGAGCAGUGAUGUUUUGGGGCUGUCGCUGGGCAACACGGACUUUCAACUCCCUCCAAAGAUUUUCUAUGGGGUUGAGAUCUGGAGACUGGCUAGGCCACUCCAGGACCUUGAAAUGCUUCUUACGAAGCCACUCCUUCGUUGCCCGGGCGGUGUGUUUGGGAUCAUUGUCAUGCUGAAAGACCCAGCCACGUUUCAUCUUCAAUGCCCUUGCUGAUGGAAGGAGGUUUUCACUCAAAAUCUCACGAUACAUGGCCGCAUUCAUUCUUUCCUUUACACGGAUCAGUCAUCCUGGUCCAUUUGCAGAAAAACAGCCCCAAAGCAUGAUGUUUCCACCCCCAUGCUUCACAGUAGGUAUGGUGUUCUUUGGAUGCAACUCAGCAUUCUUUGUCCUCCAAACACGAUGAGUUGAGUUUUUACCAAAAAGUUAUAUUUUGGUUUCAUCUGACCAUAUGACAUUCUCCCAAUCCUCUUCUGGAUCAUCCAAAUGCACUCUAGCAAACUUCAGACGGGCCUGGACAUGUACUGGCUUAAGCAGGGGGACACGUCUGGCACUGCAGGAUUUGAGUCCCUGGCGGCAUAGUGUGUUACUGAUGGUAGGCUUUGUUACUUUGGUCCCAGCUCUCUGCAGGUCAUUCACUAGGUCUGUGUCACGCCCUGGCUCUGGGGACACUGUUAUGUUGAGCCAGGGUGUGUAGAUCUAUGGGUUUUGUUUCUAUGGGUGUUUAUUUCUAUGUUGGCCAGAGUGACUCCCAAUCAGAGGCAACGAGUGUCAGCUGUCGUGGGUUGUCUCUGAUUGGGAGCCAUAUUUAAACUGUCUGUUUUUCAUUCGGGUUUGUGGGAUUUUGUUCUAUUUUGGUUUGUGUAAAACGGUAGACAUCACGUUAUCGUCUGUUGUUUUGAUCGUGUGAUCAUUCCAAUUUAAUAAAUAUGUUCGCUUUCAACGCUGCGCCUUGGUCCUCCUCAUUGGUAGACGAUCGUGACAGUCUGGUUCUGGGAUUUUUGCUCACCAUUCUUGUGAUCAUUUUGACCCCACGGGGUGAGAUCUUGCGUGGAGCCCCAGAUCGAGGGAGAUUAUCAGUGGUCUUGUAUGUCUUCCAGGUCCUAAUAAUUGCUCCCACAGUUGAUUUCUUCAAACCAAGCUGCUUACCUAUUGCAGAUUCAGUCUUCCCAGCCUGGUGCAGGUCUACAAUUUUGUUUCUGGUGUCCUUUGACAGCUCUUUGGUCUUGGCCAUAGUGGAGUUUGGAGUGUGACUGUUUGAGGUUGUGGACAGGUGUCUUUUAUACAGAUAACAAGUUCAAACAGGUGCCAUUGAUACAGGUAACAAGUGGAGGACAGAGGAGCCUCUUAAAGAAGAAGUUACAGGUCUGUGAGAGCCAGAAAUCUUGCUUGUUUGUAGGUGACCAAAUACUUAUUUUCCACCAUAAUUUGCAAAUAAAAUUCAUUAAAAAUCCUACAAUGUGAUUUUCUGGAAAAAAAAUUCUCAAUUUGUCUGUCAUAGUUGACGUGUACCUAUGAUGAAACUUACAAGCCUCUCUCAUCUCAUCUCAAGUGGGAGAACUUGCACAAUUGGUGGCUGACUAAAUACUUUUUCCCCCCACUGUAUGACAUAGCCAAGUGACUUGGUGUAUAGAGAGAAUAGGAGAGGGCCUAGAACUGAGCCCUGGGGGACACCAGUGGUGAGAGAAUGUGGUGCGGAGACAGAUUCUCGCAACACCACCUGGUAGGAGCGACCUGUCAGGUAGGACGCAAUCCAAGAGUGAUCAGCGCCAGAGAUGCCCAACUCGGAGAGGGUGGAGAGGAGGAUCUGAUGGUUCACAGUAUCAAAGGCAGCAGAUAGGUCUAGAAGGAUGAGAGCAGAGGAGAGAGAGUUAGCUUUAGCAGUGCGGAGAGCCUCCGUGACACAGAGAAGAGCAGUCUCAGUUGAAUGACCAGUCUUGAAACCUGACUGGUUUGGAUCAAGAAGGUCAUUCUGAGUGAAAUAGCAGGAGAGUUGGCUAUAGACGGCACGCUAAAGAGUUUUGGAGAGAAAAGAAAGAAGGGAUACUGGUCUAUAGUUGUUGACAUCGGAGGGAUCGAGUGUAGGUUUUUUGAGGAGGGGUGCAACUCUCGCUUUCUUGAAGAUGGAAGGGACAUAGCCAGCGGACAAGGAUGAGUUGAUGAGCGAGGUAAGGUAAGGGAGAAGGUCUCCGGAAACGGUCUGGAGAAGAGAGGAGAAUAUAGGGUCAAGCGUGCAGGUUGUUGGACGGCCGGCCAUCACAAGUCGCAAGAUUUCAUCUGGAGAGAGGGGGGAGAAAGAAGUCAAAGCAUAGAGUAGGGCAGUGUGAGCAGGACCAGCGGUGUCAUUUGACUUAAUAAAUGAGGAUUGGAUGUCGUCAACCUUCUUUUCAAAAUGGUUGACGAAGUCAUCCACAGAGAGGGAGGAGGGAGGGGGAGGAGGAGGAGGAUUCAGCAGGGAGGAGAAGGUGGCAAAGAGCUUCCUAGGGUUAGAGGCAGAGGCUUGAAAUUUAGAGUGGUAGAAAGUGGCUUUAGCAGCAGAAACUGAGGAAGAGAAUGUAGAGAGGAGGGAGUGGAAAGAUGACAGGUCCGCAGGGAGUCUAGUUUUCCUCCAUUUCCGCUCGGCUGCCCGGAGCUCUGUUCUGUGAGCUCGCAAUGAAUCGUCAAGCCACGGAGCAGGAGGGGAGGACCGAGCCGGCCGGGAGGAUAGGGGACACAGAGAGUCAAAAUAUUCAGAGAGGGAGGAGAGGAGGGUUGAGGAGGCAGAAUCAGGAGAUUGGAGGGAGAAGGAUUAAGCAGAGGGAAGAGAUGAUAGGAUGGAAGAGGAGAGAGUAGCGGGAGAGAGAGAGCGAAGGUUGCGACGGCACAUUACCAUCUGAGUAGGGGCAGAGUGAGUAGUGUUGGAGGAGAGCGAGAGAGAAAAGGAUACGAAUUAGUGGUCGGAGACUUGGAGGGGAGUUGCAGUGAGAUUAGUAGAAGAACAGCAUCUAGUAAAGAUGAGGUCAAGCGUAUUACCUGCCUUGUGAGUUGGGGGGGACGGUGUGAGGGUGAGGUCAAAAGAGGAAAGGAGUGGAAAGAAGGAGGCAGAGAGAAAUGAGUCAAAGGCAGACGUAGGGAGGUUAAAGUCACCCAGAACUGUGAGGGGUGAGCCAUCCUCAGGAAAGGAACUUAUCAAGGCGCCAAGCUCAUUGAUGAACUCUACAAGGGAAGUUCUGUCUCUUGCCUCUAGUUAGUGUCUGGUCUAUUAGCGAUGUUACCAAACAGACUAGUUCUGUCUCUUGCCUGUAGUUAGCGUCUGGUCUAUUAGCGAUGUUACCAAACAGACUAGUUCUGUCUCUUGCCUGUAGUUAGUGUCUGGUCUAUUAGCGAUGUUACCAAACAGACUAGUUCUGUCUCUUGCCUCUAGUUAGUGUCUGGUCUAUUAGCGAUGUUACCAAACAGACUAGUUCUGUCUCUUGCCUCUAGUUAGUGUCUGGUCUAUUAGCGAUGUUACCAAACAGACUAGUUCUGUCUCUUGCCUCUAGUUAGCGUCUGGUCUAUUAGCGAUGUUACCAAACAGACUAGUUCUGUCUCUUGCCUCUAGUUAGUGUCUGGUCUAUUAGCGAUGUUACCAAACAGACUAGUUCUGUCUCUUGCCUCUAGUUAGUGUCUGGUCUAUUAGCGAUGUUGCCAAACAGACUAGUUCUGUCUCUUGCCUCUAGUUAGUGUUAAGUUGUGUCAAUUCAAAUCUGGUAUUGGAACAAAAAGAGGUCAAUAAACGUCUUCUAAAAUAGACUAGUAUUUUAAUUAAUGCAAAACACUUCAAUGGUAAAUAUGAUGUUCGUAUAUAUGGGUCCACUGAAAUACCAUGCAGGGCAGACAGAGAACUGGUCCAUUGUUAUAAGUUAUUCUUUAAAUACUCUGACAGAGAUAGUUCCUGCUCCAAGCAGGCCUAUCAGAGUAGAGACUGAGCGUGGUUUAGACUUACUCAGCCUAUCGUUGGCGCACAGGCUGGUCCCAGCCCCUUGGCGCUUCACUGUUGCCAGGUGUUUAGUUGUUUUGCAACUUGUCUCGAGUCAGCAACCUCAGACAUCUUUGUAGCAGAACACAUGUCCUUGAGCGUUCUAACAAAGAGGCAGUGUGUGUGUAUGUGAGACACAAGUCUUAUCUCAGCCUACCCCCUAAUAGUUCCCGACAUUAAUCACAGCUUGUUAUGUUGAACAGUCUAUAUCAGUACAGCACAAACCUAUUAUGUUUAAUCAUUAAUGUAUUCUUUCUAAGCUAACAGCACAUCUAAAAUAUAAGAGAAUAAUUUCCCACAUUAGUGUCUGGUCUGGUGUCUAGUGUCAAGUGUCUUGCUAUGGUAACAUCAAAAGACACACAGUCUGACCACAUAAUGUUAUAUAACUGACAUCAAUGGCAAUUUUAACUGUGUGUUUAUGUGUGUGUGUGUGUGUGUGUGUGUGUGUGUGUGUGUGUGUGUGUGUGUGUGUGUGUUUCAGACAUUGAUGAGUGUGAGUUGUUCCACAUGGGUCAGGCUGGCCGGCUGUGUUUACAUGCCUGUGUUAACACCCCUGGAGGAUACCGCUGUACCUGUCCUGCUGGAUACAAUGUCACCCGCGACGGACGCAACUGCAAAGGUGAAGGGAGACCACACACACACACUGUACCAAAGUCUCAAAUGCUCCACCAAAGUGUCAUACGCGCACGCACACACACACACACACACACACACACACACACACACACACACACACACACACACACACACACACACACACACACACACACACACACACACAGUUAUGCCAGAUGAGUACUAAACAUUUUAAUAGUCUACCACAAAGAGAAAGAAGAUAACUUGUCUGAAUGAUAAUGAAUGUUUCCUAUUAUUUCCAAUAUCCGUUUUAUCAGUAAUUCCAUGCAAUUCUGUUAUCCAUUGGCUGAAUAAUUGAACAAAACCAUACAUCUGGUCUGAUGUUUGUUUUUGUAGACAAUUACAAUAAAUCAGUUAUUUUUCUGUCUCGCUCUCUAUUUUCUCUCCCUCUCUUUUUAUCUCUCCCUCCCUCACUUUUACACACAUUAUUCUCCCUCUCUUUUUAUCUCUCCCUCCCUCAAUUUUUCACACAUUAUUCUCCCUCUCUUUUUAUCUCUCCCUCCCUCACUUUUACACACAUUAUUCUCCCUCUCUCCCUGUCCUGUAGACAUAGAUGAGUGUGCCACCAGACAGAAUAACUGCACCCGGGACCAGCUGUGUAUCAACACCUACGGAGGGUUCCAGUGUGUACGUGUGGACUGCCCCCGCAUACGAAACGCCACCUACAGCAAAACCUCCCCCCUGUGAGUACCUUCUCUUAUAGUUAAUCAACAAUAGAUUUGAUAACAUGUAACUCUAUCACUCUCUUGCAAUAAUACCCUCUCAAUGCCUGCAUCCUUUUCUCUUUCCCCGUUCCCCAGGCGUUGUGAGCGUAACCCCUGCUCUGUGGACAACAAGGUGUGCUCUCAGGCCCCUAACUCCAUCUCCCACCACUACCUGUCUGUCGUAUCCAACCUGUCGGCACCACGCACCAUGUUCCGUGUGUCGGCCCUCCGCCUCAUGGGCGACACGCUGCGUUUCUCCCUGCUAGGCCGCGGGCAGGCCAGACGCCACUUCACGGUGCAGCGGUCGGACCGUCAGACAGGCCAGCUGGUGCUGGGGAGCCCGGUGCAGGGCCCUGCUACACUGGAGGCUGAGGUGGAGAUGACCGAGCUGGAGAAAGGGGUCCAGCUGGGGAGGUACAUCACCAAGAUCACCAUGUUCAUCUCCCAGUACGAGUUCUAGAGAGGGAGAGAGAAAUAGAGGGAUGUAGAGGGAGGAAAUAAGAGAGGGAGUUGGAUGGAGAAUGGAGAAGGGAGGGGAGAGAGUGAAUAGGUUGAAAGAGGGUGUGGGUAUGGAGAGGAAUACAAAGAGACAAGAGUUUAGAUAAGAGUUUGGACGAGGGGCCGUUGGCAGAGGGGUGCAUGAAAGGGGACUGUGGUAAGGGUUUUGGAGUGUCUAGG